AUGGCAUCCGCUGCAGACGUACAUGAUGCUACGCAUCGUCUGGAGAAGCUGGACUUCCAUCAUCCAUACACACCCUACGAUGUCCAGGAGCAGUUUAUGAGAACCGUGUAUGAUGUUUUGGACAAAGGACAAGGCCAAGUCGGCAUACUGGAAAGCCCAACAGGCACUGGCAAAUCACUCUCAUUAAUCUGCGCGUCACUCACUUGGCUUCGAAACUUCAAAUCGACCAAAUUUGAGACGUCACUUCAGAAUGCAGCAGCUACAUACAAAGAUGAACCACCAUGGCUCGUAGACCAACUACUGCGGCGCAAACGUGACGAGCUAGCUCAGAGAUGGGAAGAUCGCGAGAAGCGCCUUGAAGCCAUCAGACUAAAAGAGAAAGCAGUUGAGGAGCGAGGCCGUAAACGCCGCCGCCUCGAAGACUCCAUUGCAUCUGGCAAACGCCAUGAUUUGGAAGCCGAUGAAGCUGAGUGGCUACUAGAUGACUGGGAAGACCGCGACACAGGCUCCCAUGAUGCCUUGUCCGGACUAAGUAAAGAAUCGCGUGAAGUCUUAGAACGCAUCGGCCUUGGUGGUCCUCGGAAGAAAGAAGAAGAUGAUGAUGAUAUUCUGGAAGAGGAGAUCAAGAUCUAUUAUACCUCAAGAACCCAUUCGCAACUAUCGCAGUUUAUAACCGAACUGCGUCGGCCAGCGUUUCCUUCUUCGUUGCCGACUGCCAUGGCGGAAGAAAAGUCCUCUGGUACAGAGACGGUCAAGUUGCUUCCGCUCUCCUCUCGCCAAAGGCUGUGUAUCAACCCGUCCGUCGCGCGGCUCGGUUCUGUGCAAGCCAUAAACGAUCGCUGUGCUGAGCUGCAGCAGUCAAAAUCCACGAAGAAAUGUGCAUAUGUGCCGAAGGAAGAGCUCCUCAGCCAAACUCACCAGUUCCGUGACUCAGCUUUGGCCACGAUACCUGACAUUGAAGACUUGCACCAACUUGGCCAAUCUUUGACUGUAUGUCCAUACUACGCCUCGCGAUCUGCGCUACCUGGUGCUGAGAUUAUCACUCUGCCAUACCCUCUGCUUCUCCAAAGAAGUGCCCGCGAGGCUCUAGGAAUCAAGUUGGAGGGUAAUGUUGUCAUCAUUGAUGAGGCGCACAACGUGAUGGAUGCGGUUGCCAACGUGCAUGCCGCCGAGAUUAAACUCGGGGAGCUUCGGAAAGGACGGGCAAUGCUUGGUGUAUAUGUGAAACGGUUUGGGAAAAAGCUCAAAGGCGUCAACCGUGUGAAUGUAGGAAGAAUUGGACGAGUCAUUGACGGGUUGACGGAAUGGAUGCACGCGGCCAGAAGUUUCAAGCAAGAACAUGGAAUCGUCGAUACGAACGAUUUGACUCGACCGAAAGGAAUUGACCAGAUCAACAUGUUUGAGCUCAUACAGUACAUCCAAGAGUCCAAACUUGCGUACAAGAUCGAGAGCUACGCAGCCCAUGUGGAGAGCCAGAAUGAUCCUACCAAGUCGGCGUCGGGUUCGAGGCCGAAGUCGAGCACCCCUGUGAUUCAUACUCUCGUGUCUUUUCUUGUGGCUCUUACCAACCCCAGCUCCGAGGGCCGCAUCUUCUACCAGAAGCUUGGCGGAUCAGAACAAGACAUUCAACUCUCCUACUUAUUACUAUCGCCAACACAUGCCUUUUCGUCCAUCGUCUCCAGCGCCAGGGCAGUCAUACUAGCGGGCGGAACGAUGUCCCCUUUUGACGACUACAAAAACCACCUCUUUCCAACACUCAAUGACACCAAAGUAACUACUCUCAGCUGUGGGCAUGUGAUACCUCGCGAAAACCUCUGUGUCUGGACGCUUGCAGGUACUCGUCCCGGGGGACCUACUUUUGAAUUUAGCUACCAGCGCAGAGGGGACCAACAAAUGGUCAAGGAGCUUGGCCUCGCAAUUUUAAACAUUUGCUCAGUAGUCCCUGAUGGCGUUGUAAUCUUCUUUCCAAGCUAUGGAUAUCUUGAUGAAGUUGUAACUUUAUGGAGUCGACGAGGCCCUGGGGACAGCACGUCACAAGCAAGUAUCUGGGACCGCUUACAAACCCGUAAGAAAGUAUUCCGCGAAACAAAGGGCUGCUCCAGCGAUGAAGUCCUCCAAGAGUACAGCCAAGCGAUUCUUGAGACAGGAGGCAGCACAACCAGUCCGGCCAAAGGCAAAGGCGGCGCACUCCUUCUCAGCGUCGUGGGAGGUAAAAUGUCCGAGGGGAUCAAUUUCUCAGAUCGACUUGGCCGAUGCGUCAUGGUGGUCGGUCUGCCCUAUCCCAAUAUCGCUUCACCAGAGUGGAAGGCGAAGAUGGAAUACAUUGAGUCGACUACGUUGGCAAAUCUGAUGGAUGCCGAUUCGAAAGUAUCCAAGGAUGAAGCUACAGCUCGAGCGAAACAGGCUGCGAGGGACUUUUAUGAAAAUGCUUGCAUGAGAGCGGUCAACCAGAGUAUUGGCCGUGCUAUUCGUCACAAAGGCGAUUAUGCAGCCAUCGUGCUUGCUGACAGGAGAUACGCAACGGAGCGAAUCCAGGGCAAGUUACCUGGAUGGAUUCGAGGCGGCAUGGGCAAUGGAGGGAGGCCAGGUGAUUCGAAGGGGACGUCCAACAUGUUAGGUGGUCUCAUGGGAAGUCUUGGAGGGUUCUUCAGGGGCAAGCGAUAA